AUGAAUUCAGUUGAAAACGUGAGUAAACACAGUGGGUUGCAGCAGGUGAUUCAUUUUAUCAUGAUCUACCGAUUUUCUCGAAGAAUUUUAAGUAUAUUUGAAUUUUGGUUUUUAUUUUUAAUCAUUGUGAAAUUGUUUCAGUUUUAUUUUGAAACUGUUUUCAAUUUUUACCUCUAUUUUGUGCUCCUAUUUUAAACACAGAUUAAAAUAGAAAAUAUUUUCAUAAUAUUGAAAACAUUAAAUCAUAUUUACUGACAAUGUAUAAUCAAAGCUCGUAACUUGUAGUAUUUGGAUAUAUUCUAAGUUAAUAUAUCUUACACCUUAGUCAGCUAUAAAUUUAUUUCAGAUCACCAAGAAGUACAACCCAAAAUUUUGGUAAUAUUUUUCUACUUUAGUGUUUUUAGCGCUAUUUUAUGCUCAAUUUAUAAAAUAAAAUUAUUUAGAAAAUCUUUAUAUAUUUUCGAAAACUUGAGUAUAUACUUCAUUAUCAGUGUAGUUUUAAUAGUAAAAUAUCAAAAAUAUUUUUGAAAUAUUUAAAUGUAUAAUACAUAUUUAAAUCAUUGUAAAAUUGUAUAAUUGAAUCAUUAAUACAAAUAUUUUCAUUUUUCGUUUCUACAUGCAAACUUUGACGAUUUAUUGAUUUAUAAAUAUUGCUUUUACUUAUUAAUCGUUCAACGUCAGCUCUGUGAAGUUUUGCAGCUAUUACACGAGCUACUAUAAUAGUAAUCUUUUUAAACUCGUUGGACCCAGAUUAUUGCACUAAUUUAGGUAAUGACAUUUGUUGUAUCUCUGCUUAUCUAUUAUGUUCCAUUAAAUCUGUAUACCCCAUAUUUAAAAUCAGCUAAAUUUAAUUCAUUACCCAAAACGUCAAUUGCAUUUCUAAUGUUAGUAUUACAAUCAAGGUUAGCAACAGGUUUAAUAGUACCAGCACGGCAGCACAACAAAAUAUUCUUCAAUAUCUAUGCGGUCUUGAAAAAAAAAAAAUGUUUAUUUUAUAUAACUUUUUACUAUUUCAUGGUAUAUGGUAUUUAUAGAUCUAUUUUCAGUAAUAUACAAAUUAUUUUUAUGUUUUCAUUUUGCUUGAAAAUCAAUUAAUUGUUUAUCUUGUAGAACUUUUCCAUCAGUAUCCUCAUUAGUUCCAACAGUUCAUCUUCGAGUACAUCUAACCAACCACUAACUAAAUUAAUUGAACGUUAUUUUAUUUUAUUUAUAACUGACUUAGUAUGUUUAACAAGAUCCAAAACCAUUAUUUUAUCACUUUGAUUAGUUUGUUGAUCACGACUGAAAAUGGCCGACGCCAGGGACGUACGCAGAAAUAAGUUUUGAGGGGUGUUUUUGAAAAUUAAAACAAUAAUAUAUAACAUUGAAAUGGAAUAAGUAAAUGGCCAAACAAAAACCAAAUAAAUAGUGUUCUUAUUAGUUAGUAAUAAUAAAAAACCGCUAUUCUUCCUCUUUGGAACUUUGCAUAUAUAUAACCAGAACUUUCCAUGAAAUUAAUAUUGCAUUAACUAGACUAAAAGAAAGGUUGGUUAGGUUAUGUUCAAAAAAAUGGUAUUCUUAUUAGUUAUAAACUAUUUUCCUUAAAACAGUCUUUGUAAUUCUCUAGUUCAAAGUUCUAUUUUUAAAAAUAUAUUCGGUAACAUUAUAUUUAUACAAACUGUUUAAAUAGCAUACAAAAUUCCCUAAGCACCUCUUUGUUCAACGUGUCUUGCACCAAAAAAAUACUGCUCUUCGACUCUGUUUAAUGACAAUGUUUGAUGUAUUAUAUACAUUUUAUCUAUCUGUGAACGAUCCACUGAUCCAUCGCAAUGCAAUGACGUGAAUAUUAUUUCCGAUAAUGUCUUUUUAAUGUUUUUUAAUAAACAUAGUUUAAUAGUUUACAUUUUUAAAUUAUAAUUAUUAAUGUAAACUAUUAGUUAUUAGUUAUAAGUAGAUAUACAAAAUGAUUUUCUUAUUGCAAAAAAAAAAAAAAAACGCAUAACACAUCAAUACCUAUAGGACCCACUAUUUGCUAUAUUAUCUUAUACAAUAAAUUAUGAAAAAUUGAUCAAGUGCGCAUCUAGCUUUUCCAAAUACGCAAAAUAAUAAGUCCAACUGUGCUUUACAAUAAGCCAUGUAUAAAAUUGUAAGAAUAUUAUUUUUUUUGGAAAUAAUAACAUAAUACAAAUGUAAUUCAAAAUAAAACCACCGGCGGCACUAAAACCCGUUAGCCUACAGUGUCGUUGAUAUAAAAGAAGAAACUUUUGUAGCCCGUCCUUUGUCAGCCGCCAACUAUGUCGUGACCAGUCCAUUAUAUCUUAGUCCGUGCUAUAGACCUUAAACUAAGUAAAAGUCAAAAGGUCUAUUAAGUUUGUAGUUUGUAUUAAUAUUUUAGUUAAUAAAAUGCCCAAAAUUUGAAAAUUUGAAUUAAUGAAAUCAAAUUCACUUAACUCCUUCGAUAAAAUCAAUUAAUAGUAAAUCACCUUAUAGUUUAUACUAUUCUCUAUAUUUAAAUCCAGAAACACUCGAUUAACAUUAUUUGUUUAUAACUACCUAUUUAGAAUUGUUCCAAAGAAACUACACAAGAUUUAAAAUAUUUAAUAUGCUGCCAAAAAACACAAAUAGAAGAAUUAAAGAGAAAAUUAGAAGUAUAUAAAGAAGUGAUAACUGACAGAGAUAACUUACGAGAAUUAGUCAAGGAACUUGAACAACGGAAGGAAAUUAAUUAUGUCAGUCAUAAGGUGUUCACUAAUAUAAUGACUUUGUUUGAAAACCAAGCAGACAAAUUUCGAAAAGUUGCAACAGUAGAAUGUAAUUGGCAAACACAAUACAACGAGCUACAAAAUGUUAACGAUUGUAUCAUUAAUCAGUUAAACGAUUUAAAUUUUAAUGAAAGCAUAAUUAAAUCCAAUUUCGAGAACUCGGAAAAAAAAUUAAAAUAUAUUCAAAAAGAAAUGGAUCAUAUUAAAGUAAAUAUUCCCUUCGAUGUACAAUUAUUUUGAGACGAUUUCACACAAGAACUAAUGGCGAAUAUGCAAUUUAGAAAUGUUUUAUUAGUUAUUAAAUAUUUCAAUGUGUAUUCUAUAAACCAAAGGAAAACUGAAUAGUUUUUACAUAAAAAAAUAAUUGUAUCUGAAGUUCACUGACUAAAAGCUAUAAAGAUAGGCACAUUUUUAUACCUUUUAAAAUAAUUAAUUAUUUAAAUUAUUUAACAUCAUUAAAGUAAUAAUUUACCUACUUUUGUACUCUAGUUAUGUUGUAGGUAAUGUUAUAGGUAACCGUGAUUCAUUUUUUUUGAAGAGGUAGGGUUACGAAUUUUAAAAUGUUGCGAUUGCUCACUGGUAGAUCACUGUUGUCUGUGGGUAAUUGGUUAGGUAUGACAUUGAUGGCGUAUGGGUAUAUGAUACCCCUAGGGUAUUAUAGUUUACUUACCAUGGUAUACUUAUACUAUACUUGCUAUACUACAUACUACUGUAUGGAACAACUCAUUGCAAAAAAAAAACUAUUCUCAUUGGAGUAAUGUAUGUAGUAUACCAGGUGAUCCAUUUAAGUGUGUACACUCAGUAUCUCGGAAAAAAAUAAUUUUUUCCGGAAUUUGUUUUAUAGAAUAUUUAAGAAACAAAUUGCUCUACAAUUUUAUAUUUAUGUUAUUUUUUGUCUCCUUUAUUUUUAGAUGUAAAAUCACUACCUACUUUUGAUUUUCAAAUGGCAACUAAAUUAAAAAUUCCAUAAAUAGGAGAGUAGUGGAGUGUCAUGUGUGGUGGAACGCGCGCGACUUGUUAAUAAUGCACCAAUACUCUCCUCAAACUCAAACUUAAAAGUGAAGAAUCUCGUAAACGAAUUGACGGAAAUCAAAAAUUUGAACACUAAAAUUUAUUUUAACUAAUACUCCACCUAUUUAUGGAAUUUUCAAUAAAGUUGCCAAUUGAAAAUCAAAAGUAGGUAGUAAUUUUAUCCUCAAAAAUAACAUAAAUAUAAAAUUGUAGAGCAGUUUGUUUCUUAAAUAUUCCAUAAAACAAAGUCCGUUAAAAAUUAAUACUUUCCGAGAUAAUGAGAGUACCCACUUAAAUGGAUCACUUGCUAAUAAUGAUGUUUUACCAUUUAUUUCCAAGGUAACUUAGAAAUUACUCAUAAUCAAACAAUUAAAAUGUUAAUACAUUUUUCAAAUGUAGUAAGUACUACAGCAAGAAUGGAAAACAUUUUUAAUUUUUUCGUCUUCGUUUUUUAGUAUCAAUAUAAAAAGCUGUUCUAGGAUAAUAGAGAUGGGUGCAGCCAUUUUCAAAGAUUAGAAGUUGAUAUGAUAGUAACUAGUAAAUAGGAAAUUUAAUGUUUAUCUGUAAGCAAUAAUAAACCAUAACGAAAAAACGAUUGUGAGCGGAGUUCGGUUAAUAGUGAUUCUUUGUCAAAAACAUAUGUAUAUAUAUGUUAUAAUAUGGUAAAAUAAUUACAUAGGAAUUAUAAUAUAUUUUCUUUACUAAUACUUAUUUAAUAUUGUACUUAUUUUCCGUUUUACAUAUUUAUUGGGAAAUCUUUUGGGAAAAUCAAAAAGUUGCCUCCCUAAUGUACUUCCUCAGUCAGUCAGAUUUCCUUUUAGAAAGUGUUAUCAUUGUAAAUCAGAGCAAAAUUAUUGGUAGUAAAAUAUAAUAUUUUAAAUAUAGUAUAAGUAUUUAAAAUAUUAUAUUAUACUUAAUAUUUUUAAAUUUAUAAUUGUAUAUAAUAAAAUUUAAUAAUAUUGAUAUAUUCUUAAUAUAUAAUACAUUUUGGAAACAUUAACAAUGAACAAGUUACUUGUGAAUAAUAACAUGUUGGUUUAUAAUACAUAAAUUUGGGUAAGCAAAACUAUAGCACUAUAUAUAUAUAUAUCGACUAUACGUCGAUUUUUGAUAUUAGCAUAUUUGACUAUCUUUAUGGGGUAGGGGGUGACACUAAAAUCUAUACAAAUUAAUUAAUGGGGGGGGGCGAUCACCUUCCCCUUAAAUACGCCACUGUGUCGCUCAACAAUGAUAAUUACUACAGUCCACAGCUAAUUACCUAUUAACAAUUAGAAAUCACAAUAUUACAUUUUCAUAAUUAUUAUUACUAUAGAGUAAUAAAAUUAUUUGUAUUACCCACAUGAUUUAUUUUCGUUUUCGUUAUUUUUUAAUUUAAUGUCAUAAAUUCUGUUUUUUAUAUUGAGAUACUGCAUGCACAAAUUGAAGUACUUGCCUAAUGUGGAAACAUGUUAAAUUUGUUUAUCGUAAACGUAUGAUAAAUUACAUACAAUUUGCUUUGAUAACAAUUUAAGCAUAUAUAAUAUACAAUUAUGGUUGUAUGAAUUAUUUACAACAUUCGGUGUAUACUAUAUUGUGUAUAAACCAAAUUUUGGAUUUCCUUUGCUUGUAUUUUUGUUUUCCUAUUUUUAAGCAAUAAACAAUUAUUUGUACAGGCAUAUAAAUUUCAAUUUGUAUCAUCAAAAUAUUGUUAAAUUAUAUUAAUGAUUAUAGUUUAUAUUUUAAUGCACUAAAAAUGAAUAAAACCGUUCGAUUUAUGCAUAUUUUAUAUAUUACAUUUAUUUGUUUGUGCAUAAACGCAUACAUAUUUAAGCCAUUUUGUUUUUUUUUUUUAGAAAAAUUAACAAUAGCAUACGUACAUAAUAAAAAAAAUAGGAUGACAGAUAAGAAUUUAUAUUAAUUACAGAAUAUGAGAUGUCCAUGAGAAUAUGGGAUAUCACCCAGUGUUAGAACCCAAUGUGAUACUAUAUUUUGGAUUUAAGUCUGCACUAUUGACGUUUUAAUUGGCGCAUUGGAUUUCCAGAGAGAUUUACUGGAGAGUGCGGAAAUUAUAGGGUUUGAGUUUGUUUUUAAUUUUGAAUGGAAUCUGGAGUAGUAUGUGGAGGGUAAAUUUCGUACUGUUUCGAUUUUUAAAUCAUUGAGUGUUUCGUUUAAAAUGUACAAGGGAGCAGUGGUAAUUACAAGCUAUAUUAAUUGCACAUAAACAUCCGAACACUAGUUAUAUAAUAUAACAUAUAUUUAUUAGGGUGGUCCUUGGUUGUAGGAAAUUAACAAUAAACAUAAUAUCUUUGAUACAAGGCCCCCUAUUUUCUUCAUUGCCAAGUAAAAGUAAUCAGUGUAAAAUUUGGUCAUGAUGACUCACCUCUUCCUAUAACACAAGAGGAUUGAAAAAUUAUAAAAGGGUAGUUUAGUGGUUUUUUAUACUUAAUUUAACAACAGUAUCAUUGAUCAUAAAAUAAUAUUAGAUUUAUUGGUAGUUCAUUUUAAUGUCUAUAUAAUAUUUAUUAUUCCAUAAUUUACUCUAAAAUCAAACAAAUUUAUAAAAUACAAAAUAUUGCAAUACAAAUUUGGUAAUCAGUUGAAAAUAUGAACAUAAAUGUUUAAUAUAAAAAUGAUUUAGAAUUUAAUUUCCUAAAAAAAAAAAAAAAUUGGUAAUAUUUAACAACUAUAUAGAACGACCAAUUUAAUAUUACACUAUGAAUUAUGUUAAAAAGUUAUUUUAUUUCACUUAAAAUUGUUUUACAAUAAAAAUGGAAUCUUCAAUGAUUGUUUUGAGUGUCCUAAAUAAGUAUUUCUGUAUGCCACAAAUUAGACAGUGAUCAAAAUAUAUUAUAUUAUUGGGUCAAUUGAAAAUGAUGUUUAUGGUCAUUUUCAUAAUGAGCAUAUAUAUUUAUCGUUUAAUUUUUUUUUUUUAAAAACAAAAAAAUAUUAGCUAAAUAUUUUGUUAAUAUUGCUUCCAAUAUGGCUAUACUAUUAUAUAACAACUUGGAACACUGUAGACUUUAGUAGUUACAUUAAAACUGUUAGUUAUAUUAUUGAUUUAAAUGUAAGUAAACGAACAAUACACAAACUAUAAUUGACUGUUAAUACACAAAUGACAUAGAAAUGAAUUUUUAUAUGAUAACUGUACAUAUUUAACAAUACCAUCGAAACUUAUUUACAAAAAAAAAAAAAUUACCUAGUUUGGAAGCAAAAGUUUAAGGUGAUUAUAAAUUAUAGACAUUUUUACAAAUUAAAUUAUUGCAAAAUAAAAAAUGUCAUGAAGGUAAAUCAUCAAUAUUAAGAAAGUAAUAAGCUGUAACUACGAAAGUAAAAUUAACAAAAAAUUUUUAAGGCAAUCUUUUGCAAACAAGAAUUUUUUAUUUAGUUUGUAAAUAAGAUUGAAUGGUAUUGUUACACCAAUAUAAAUCGCAAAUAAUAAUAAAAAAUAUUAAGACAAACCUAUGAAAAAAAAAAAUAGUUUUUGGUCCAUUGUAAUAUAAUGUAUAGCACCAUUAUAUACUAUAAAAACAAUAUAAAUUACAUAAAUAUUUAUUUUAUUUUUUUUAGACAGAGUUGGCAGAAGCAAAUUCUAUGAUCAGAAAAUUGAAGACAAAUAUGAAAUCUAAUGAAGAAGAACUUUGUAAAAAACGUAGACAACUUGAUGAAUGUACAAACAAAUAUAAUAUACUAAAUGAAACGAAUAUGAUAUUAAGGAAGGACAUUAAAUGUACACAAUUAAAACUCGAUGAUACAAGAUCAUGUGCAACACAUGCUGAAGAAAAAUGGAAAUUUGAGAUUGAAUCAUUGUCAAAUGAGUUAAAAAUGAAAUGCAUUAAAUUGAAAGAUUUAGAGUUACAAUAUAAUCAAGUUAAUUGUAUGAUAAAUGACGAUAAAUACAAAGUUAAAACAUUAGUCACUACUUUGAAAGAUUUAAAAGAAGCCAGUUUACAAAAAUACAGUGAAAUGAAAAACGAAGUUCAAAAAUUAAAACAAGAGAACGAUAGAAAGGAAACUGAUAUAUUUUGCUUAAAAAACAAUAUUAAGCAAUUGCAACGUGAAAAUGAAUUUAAUAAUAUGGAAAUAAAUACACUGAAAAAUAAACAAUACAGGAAAAAUUGUCAGUUAAAAGAAUUUAAAUUAUUAUCUCAAAAUAUAAUAAAAUUGGAAACUUCUACUUGUUUAGAACAACUAAAAACCACUAGUUUUAUUUGCACUGUUCCACCGACAAACGCAUGUAGCAAUUCAUCCAUAAAUAUAUAA